AUGUCCCGCCCUCGUGACAAGAAGCCUGCCGCUGCAAAGGCAACCAAAAAAUCAGCAGCGAAGGCGAAACCUGUCAAGAAGGUGUCAUCGCAGACGUCGACGGAGGCCGAUCCCCCAACCUUCCCGGUGAAGGCUCCGCCCAAACCUGCCCAUAAAGUCCCAGAAGCGACGGUGAAGAAGACAAGCAAGCGGAAGGCCGAAACAGAGGUUAAACAUGACGCUCAAACCAACGUGAAAAGACCACGAGUAGCUCCCACACCCGGUUCCGACGGUGACGAGCAUGCUUCCCUCAAACGAGAAUCAGCCCACCCUCGAGAAAAGCCCACGGCAGCCAAAAAGGCCAAGGCAACAAAGGCAGAGAUCAAUCGGCCUCCAACCGAGAAGCUCAAUGUCUACGUGUUUGGAGAAGGCUCUUCGGGGGAACUCGGUCUCGGGAGCGCCAAGGGCCAGACCGAAGUCAAGAGACCGCGAUACAAUCCCAAUCUCAGCCCGGACAGCGUCGGCGUGGUCGCUUUGUCAGUCGGUGGGAUGCACACUGCGGCUCUGACCCACGACAACAAGAUUCUGACCUGGGGCGUCAACGAUCAGGGCGCGUUGGGUCGCGACACUGCCUGGGAAGGUGGUCUCCGUGACAUCGACGAAGAUGCCAGUGACUCGGACUCGGACAGCGGUUCGGAGACAGCCGUCAACCCAAGAGAAUCCACCCCAGGUGAAGUGGACCUGUCGGGUGUGCCUGAAGAUGUCAAAUUCAGCCAGGUUGCCUGCACCGACAGUGCCACUUUUGUUCUCACGACCCAGGGCGAUGUGUACGGAUGGGGCACAUUUCGUUCGAACGAGGGCAUAUUUGGCUUUGACCCGACCACGCUCAUCCAGCUCCGACCAAAGCUGAUCAAGGGCAUCGGCAAAGUCAUUCAGCUUGCCACGGGUGCCAAUCAUGUUCUUGCGUUGCAGGAGAGUGGUGCCGUCUACUGCUGGGGUUCCGGGCAACAGAACCAAUUGGGUCGACGGAUCCUGGAGCGACGAGCGACAAACAGUCUGAUACCCACUGCCAUUGGCACGCUCAAGAAGAUCGAAUACGUCGGAGCAGGGGCCUACAAUUCGUUCGCGGUGAAGUCGAAUGGUGACGUCUACUCCUGGGGCUUGAACAACUUCGGCCAAACCGGCGUUCCCAAAGAAUUCGACGAGAGUGGCAACACCAAAGGCAACGACGUCCACAUGCCCAUUAUUGUUGACACGCUAGGCAAGUUUGGCAAAGUCACAUGUAUCCAGGGAGGGUCUCAUCACACCGUCGCCGUCACCGACAAACACGAAUUGCUGGUCUGGGGGCGAAUUGACGGAAACCAGUCGGGUCUGAAGGUCCAGGAACUUCCAGAAGACGACGUCGUCCGCGAUUCAGCUGGCCACCCACGGAUUCUCGUGGUUCCGACCCAAAUCCCCAACAUUGAGGCUCUCAUGGCUGCCGCAGGGUCUGACCACUGUAUUGCCAUUGACAAGAAGGGCAAAGCGUACUCAUGGGGGUUCAGCACGACCUACCAGACCGGACAGGGCACUUCGGACGAUGUGGAACUGGCCACACUCAUCGACAACACGGCUGUCAGAGACAAGAAACUGGUUUGGGCCGGUGCGGGCGGCCAAUUCAGCGUGAUUGCCGGUCUUCCGGCACCGUUGGUGAAUGGGGUCAAUGGUGUCAAUGGACAUGCGUGA